AUGGCGUCGGUAGAUUUCCGAGAAAAUCUUCUUGGGAUUUCUUGGGUGGACAGUGGCUGGGUGCCCAUUCUCAACCCUGGAAAUGUGCUGGACUAUUUCUCUGAAAGGAGUAAUCCUUUUUAUGACAGAACCUGUAACAAUGAAGUAGUAAAAAUGCAAAGACUGACUCUGGAACAUCUUAAUCAAAUGGUGGGAGUAGAAUAUAUUCUUUUACAUGCUCAGGAACCUAUUCUCUACAUCAUUAGAAAACAACAAAGGCAAUCCCCCACACAAGUUAUUCCUUUGGCUGACUACUACAUCAUAGCUGGAGUUGUGUAUCAAGCUCCAGACCUCGGAACAGUUAUCAAUUCUAGAGUGCUGUCUGCAGUUCAUGGGAUUCAGUCUGCGUUUGAUGAGGCCAUGUCUUACUGUCGUUAUCAUCCAUCAAAAGGUUACUGGUGGCACUUCAAAGACCAGGAGGAGAGGGAUAAGACUAAGCCAAAGUCUAAGAAAAAAGAAGAACCAAGCUCCUUAUUUCAGAGGCAUCGGGUUGACACACUCCUUUUAGAUCUGCGGACAAAAUUUCCACCAACAUUUUACCAACCCAAGCCUGGUGAAAAGCCAAUUCCAGUUGAGGUAAAGAAAGAUCCUGAACCUCCAGCUGAAACUGUUAAACAGGAGGAAAGGGAACCAGCGACAAAGACCUCAGCUCCACCUGCUCCUCCAAGCGGAUGGUACUACGACCCCGACCAGAAUACUUUUGUCAACGCGUUACAUCUGUACAUCUGGCUGUUCCUGCUAUGCUUCCCCUUUACGCUCUACAUGGCGCUGCCUCCCACCAUGGUGAUCGUGGGCAUCUACUGCGGAGUGAUCGCUGGCAUCUUCCUGCUGCUGAAGACCAUGAACUACCGCCUCCACCACGCGCUGGACGAGGGGGAGGUGGUGGAGCGCAAGGCCAAAGAAAGUCAGUCCAGCAGCAGAGGAGCCACGGCCGGCCCCAGUGAGAGCGCCCCCCGCAGGCAGGACGGCAGCGGCCCAGGGGAUCCUGGCGGGGGGAUCGAGAUGGCCAAUUUUAUAAGACAGGAAACUCCACCAGUGGACUGCAGCUCUAGAAACUCCUACAUCGGGAUGGACCCUAACCAGCAGAUGAUUGGUCAGCAUCUUGGAAACCCCGGUGCAGUUAAAAUUAUAUCCACUCAUGGAAGAGCAACAAUGAGCAAAGAUGUGGGAAAGACGGAUGACAUCAGUUUGACUUUGGUGGAGAGCUGCAGUCAUGAUCAUGAUUUGCUGUCAGACACAAAGAUGUAUUGCCUUGUUCCAAACGACUCCUUUGCCUCACUGCAGCCUUCCACAUCCCUGUGCCCCUCAGAAGUGUCACGAGAUCCUGCUGACCCCUGCUCUGCUGCUGCUUACCACUUCAGCCUGUCCCACUCAUCCUGUGACACAGAGGGUCUUCACAUUUCGCAGACUUUCAGGAAAGAGCUAAGAACUAGAGGUUUACCGCGUACAUCCAGCUCAGCAGGCUCCGCUUUUCCUGACCCAUCUCUGCCAGACCUCAGUUUGUACCUAGCCCCGCGGAGAGGGCUGGAUCCGGUUUGUGAGCUGGAGGCUGCGCGGCCUCACAGGACAGGCCUCUGUGAUACGGACAGACUGUACCAGCAGGAGCCGGCUGUGGCCUCCACUUCUGGACUAGACUGUUCCAGGCACAAAGAGCAGCGCAGGGUGGCCCGCUCGGCUUCCAGGGAGGCAGGCGAGGGUAGCUCAGGGCUGUAUCAGAGUGACAUGGGGGGCAAACGAUUGAGUGGGGGGAAGUCCCUUCGAGGAGAGCGCAGCACAGACAGCUUAAGGAGCCUGAGCACUCGCAGCAGUGGCUCCACAGAGAGCUACUGCAGUGGCACCGACAGAGACACCAACAGCACUGUCAGCAGCUUCCACUCCGAGCAGACCAGCUCCACUCAUGUGGAGAGCUUGCUGUCCUUGUCAGGGGACGAGCAUGCACGGGACAGGCCUGACACCUCUGCCCCUGCAGGAGCAAGGACUUCUAGUCUUGGUAAUAUUAGCUCACGAGGCCUCAGCAGAGAGGCCAAUAAAAACCCCCACGCUAAUGAACUACCAGAGGCUCAGGAGUGCAUAGACUCUAUCCCCUCUCAGGACGAGCCAGGGAUCAGAACCAGUGCUGACGGCUCCACUGCAGGAGCUGAGCAGGAGAACAGCAAAGACAAAAGUCAGCCCAAGUCAAGCAAUGUUCAGAGAACUUCCUCUCUCUCUGCAGGGCGCAGCGGCCAUAGACGGACAGGUAAAAAGAGGGCGAGCAGUUUUGAUGCUAGCUGCCACCGAGAGUAUAUGUCGGUGCGUGGCACAGCCAAGCCCUGCAGCGGCGUGUUCACUGGGGCUGGAGAGGAGUACUCCAGUGACCACAGCGAGUUGAGUUGUGCCUCUAGUCGGCGCUCGCACCACCUGAGCACAGACAGUUCCUCGAGCAACACGUCUCGCUCCUGUCACUCCCCUGAGGGUCGGUACAGGGCCCUCAAAGCCAAGCACAACGUGGCACGUGGCACAACCAAAGGAAAGGCUGCUGCUGGGUCUGAGGUCAGUGCCAAGCGACGAACCUCCCGCCGCACCCCCAGUACGGGCAGUGCUAAAACUCACGCCAGAGUGCUGAGUUUGGACAGUGGAACAGCCGCCUGCCUUAAUGACCCCUGUCGCCUGACUCCAGCUGGGCCCCGCCCCCUCACCACCUCCAAAUCGGACCUGGAAGCCAAAGAAGGUGAAGUGCUGGACGCGGCCUCUCUGUUGGGACGCGCUUCUCAGCUGGAGUCGGUGACACGCUCCAGGAACAGUCUCCCAAACCAGACCCUCACAGAGCCCCAGGACGCCGCCGCUCUACGAGCCCCGGGGAGUGAGGAGACGGUGGUGUUCCGUCGUGAGCGUAGCACAUUCCGUCGACAGGCUGUCCGGCGGCGGCACAAUGCGGGCAGUAACCCCACGCCCCCCUCGUCUCUGAUUGGAUCUCCUCUCAGCCUGAAUACCCCUCUACCCCCUAUACCCUCCCUGAUGGGUCCACUCUCAUCUCACCUCCUCCCUGUGUCCUUCAGUCUCCAGGAGGCUCUGAGCUUUCAGGCCCAGCCCCCCUGCUCCUCCCUGUCCAAAAGCCAGCCCUCCAGGACCUCCUCCCAGGUGACUGUGCUGAGCGCAAGCACCUCCCUGCUGGCCAGGAACGGGAGCACCCAACUGGAAGGGUCCCAGGACAAGGCUUCCACCGUGGGCGCCACCAGCCUGCAGGAUGACUUUGGAAAGAUCACUCCAUCUUUGUAUGAAGCUGGUGGCUGUGACAUGUCCUUGGUCAACUUUGAACCUGCAACACGAAGGGCAUCAAACAAUGUAUGGGACACAGACUCCCACCUCUCGAGUUCUACCUCAGUUCGCUUUUAUCCUCAUGACCUGAUCCGUCUGAACCGCCUGCUGACCAUGGACCCGGAGCUUUUGGAGCAGCAGGACGGGGACCUGAGCCCAGAGUUGAAGGACGCUCCGCUGGGACAGGGCGAUCGCUCCUCUGCGGGGAAGGCCAGGCAGUACUACCGACUCUGGCUGCUGCCGUAUCUCUGGGUCGGACUGCACUUCGACCGCCUCACUCUGCUGGCUCUGUUUGAUAGGAACAGGGAGGUGUUGGAAAACAUCUUGGCCGUGGUGCUGGCCGUCCUUGUGGCCUUUCUGGGCUCCGUGCUGCUCGUCAACGGCUUCUUCACAGACAUCUGGGUCUUUCAGUUCUGCCUUGUCAUUGCAAGCUGCCAAUAUUCACUACUGAAGAGUGUUCAACCAGACUCCUCUUCACCUCGUCAUGGCCAUAAUCGCAUCAUUGCGUAUAGUCGGCCAGUCUACUUCUGCCUGUGCUGUGGUCUCAUUUGGCUGCUGGAUUAUGGCAGUGCCAGAACCACCUCUUCACGCUUCACUCUGUACGGUGUGGCCCUCACCAGCUCCCUCAUCCUGGGAUCGGCCCGAGACCUCGUCAUUGUAUUUACUCUGUGUUUUCCCAUCAUCUUCUUUGUCGGGCUGCUGCCACAGGUCAACACGUUCGUCAUGUAUUUGUUUGAGCAGCUUGAUAUCCACGUGUUUGGGGGCAACGCAUCCACCAGCCUCCUGUCUGCGCUCUACAGCAUCCUCCGCAGCAUCGUCACCGUCGCUCUGCUUUACGGCUUCUGCUACGGAGCGCUGAAGGAGACGUGGGAGCCUCACCACAUCCCAGUUUUGUUUUCUGUUUUCUGUGGCCUCUUGGUGGCAGUGUCGUACCACUUGAGCCGGCAGAGCAGUGACCCUUCUGUCCUCAUAUCAUUGAUACAGUCAAAGAUUUUGCCCAAUUUAAAGGACAAAAACCCAGAAGAUCCUCUGUCAGAAGUGCAUGACCCUUUACCGGACAAACUCAGGGCAUCAGUGAAUGAGCGACUGCAGUCAGACCUGAUUGUGUGUGUGGUGAUUGCUGUUCUUUACUUCGCCAUCCAUGUUAGCACAGUCUUCAUAGCAUUACAGCCUUUUCUGAGCUAUGUCUUGUACGGGCUGUUGGGGGCAGUGGGGCUCCUCACCCAUUAUCUUCUGCCUCAAGUUCGAAAGCAGCUGCCCUGGUUCUGCUUCUCUCACCCUUUACUCAAGACCAAGGAGUACUACCAGUUUGAAGUCAGGGAUGCGGCACAUGUCAUGUGGUUUGAGAAGUUUCACGUGUGGCUGCUCUUUGUGGAGAAGAAUGUACUUUAUCCCCUGGUCAUCCUCAACGAGCUCAGUGGAAGCGCCAGGGAGCUCGCUAGCCCAAAGAGACUGGACACAGAGGUUGGCGCUCUGAUGAUCACUGUGGCGGGUCUGAAGCUGCUGCGCUCGUGCUACAGCAGCCCCACGUACCAGUACAUCACCAUCCUCUUCACCGUCCUCUUCUUCACCUUCGACUACAAGCACCUGUCCGAAACCCUGCUGCUCGACCUCUUCCUCAUGUCCAUUGUUUUCAGUAAGAUGUGGGAGCUGUUUUACAAGUUGCACUUUGUCUACACUUACAUCGCUCCAUGGCAGAUCACUUGGGGCUCUGCCUUUCACGCCUUUGCCCAACCCUUUGCUGUGCCUCACUCUGCCAUGCUGUUUGUUCAGGCCGUUGUGUCAGCCAUUUUCUCCACUCCCCUCAACCCGUUUCUGGGCAGUGCCAUCUUCAUCACCUCCUAUGUGCGCCCAGUUAAGUUCUGGGAGAGGGACUAUAACACCAAAAGGGUGGACCACUCCAACACUAGACUGGCACAUCAGCUGGACAGAAAUCCAGGGUCUGAUGACAACAACCUGAACUCUAUUUUCUAUGAGCACUUGACGCGCUCACUGCAGCACAGUCUGUGUGGAGACCUGCUGCUCGGACGCUGGGGAAACUUCAGCACCGGAGACUGCUUCAUUUUGGCCUCGGACUAUCUGAACGCCCUGGUGCACCUCAUCGAAAUCGGCAACGGCCUGGUUACGUUUCAACUCAGAGGCCUGGAAUUCAGAGGCACAUACUGUCAACAGAGGGAGGUGGAGGCCAUCACUGAAGGCGUAGAGGAGGAUGAGGGCUGCUGCUGCUGUGAGCCCGGACACAUGCCUCACUUCCUGUCGUUCAACACGGCGUUCGGACAGCGCUGGUUGGCGUGGGAGGUCUUGGUCACCAAGUAUGUCCUGGAGGGCUACAGCAUCACAGACAACAGCGCCGCCUCAAUGUUGCAAGUUUUUGAUCUGAGGAGGAUUCUCACCACCUACUACGUAAAGGGCAUUAUCUACUACGUAGUCGAGUCCCCUAAGCUGGAGGAGUGGUUGGCCAAUGAGACAAUGAGGGAUGGUCUGAGGGGCUGCACUGAGAGGAACUACGUGGAUUUAGAUCCAACAUUUAACCCGAACAUUGACGAGGACUAUGACCACAGACUUGCCGGGAUUUCACGUGACAGCUUCUGCAGCGUCUACCUGGGCUGGAUCCAGUACUGCAACUCAAGAAGAACAAAGCCUCUGGAGAGUGAAAGGGACUCUGCUCUGGUUCUGCUGUGCUUCGGCCUGUGUGUCCUGGGACGGAGAGCUCUUGGAACUGCUGCUCAUCACAUGUCCAGUAACCUGGAGUCCUUUCUGUUUGGACUUCAUGCAUUAUUCAAGGGAGAUUUCCGUAUCUCUUCGAUCAGAGACGAGUGGAUCUUUGCCGACAUGGAGCUGCUCCGGAAAGUGGUGGUUCCUGGAAUCAGAAUGUCCCUUAAACUACACCAGGACCAUUUCACGUCUCCGGAUGAGUACGAGGAACCCGCUGUCUUGUAUGAGGCCAUCUCGUCCCACCACCUGAACCUGGUGAUUGCUCAUGAAGGGGAUCCCGCCUGGAGGAGCGCCGUCCUCUCCAACGCUCAGUCUCUGCUCGCUCUGCGCCACGUCCUGGAUGAAGGAACCAACGAGUACAAGAUCAUCAUGUUGAACAGACGCUACCUCAGCUUUAGGGUCAUCAAGGUGAAUAAGGAGUGUGUGCGUGGUCUCUGGGCGGGACAACAACAGGAACUGGUUUUCCUCCGAAACAGAAACCCUGAACGAGGAAGUAUCCAAAAUGCUAAGCAAGCUCUGAGGAACAUGAUCAACUCGUCCUGUGACCAGCCCAUCGGUUACCCCAUCUACGUCUCCCCUCUGACCACGUCUUACUGCAACUCCCAUCCCCAACUCGGACACAUCCUGGGGGGGCCCAUCAGCAUCGCCAACAUACGGAACUUUGUGGUCAGCACUUGGCACAGACUGCGUAAGGGCUGUGGUGCGGGCUGCAACAGUGGUGGGAACAUAGAAGACUCGGACGUGGGGGGUCUAUCCAGUGGGAAUGGAACAGCAGGGGACUCGCAGCAGAGCUCAGUGUCUCAUAGUGGGAUGUCUGGGCCAUCACUGCCCCUUAGCUACCCUCCACAUCCUCUGGGCACGAGUCAGAGCGCUCAUUCUGUUCAGUCCAGUUUCCGUCACUCCCCAGCCCGAGCUUCCAUGGCCUCACAGUCGUCGUCGUAUCGCUACAGCAGCAGCAGACACUCCUCUCUGCGCACCUCCACCACCGGUCUGGAGCCAUGCCGCCGCUCCUCCACCAGCCAGCUCUCCCUGCGCGCUCUGCCCACCACGCUGCACCUCCGCCUGGGCUCUAGCUCGGAUCCCUCCGGCCCUUCCGCCUCCCUAUCCAGCCACAGCAUCCCCCCCUGUAAAAGGACCACUCUGGUGGGGCUUCUGGGGAACGACAGUCUGUGCAGCGCAGUGACAGAUCCUCUGAGCCAUCACCAUUUCCAUCAUCAUCAUCCGCAGCAGCACAACCCGACUGUGGCUACUGUGCGCAGGGACGACAUCUCAUACAGAGUCCAGAUUGUCGACUUGAGUCAGGUGCUGGAGCACAUUCACUUGUCAAAGCGAAAGGAGCUGCAGUGGCCUGACGAAACAAUGAGAUUGAGAGCAGGACGAACCUGCUGGAGGGACUGGAGCCCCAUAGAGGGCAUGGAAGGACAUGUGAUUCACCGGUGGGUGCCUUGUAGCCGAGACCCAACUAACCGCUCCCAUAUUGACAAGACCAUCCUGCUGGUUCAGGUGGAUGAUAAGCUAGUGCCCAUUAUAGAAACUGGGGUUAUUGAACUGGGGGCCGAGGUCUGCUCCUUCAACUCGCCAUACACAGGGGGAUCAAACAUGUUUACGCCGGUGUUAUUCGCACUACUGGGCUUCAGUCUGGGGACAGUCAGCGCUUUCGAUGCCCCAGAGGAAGACGGGGGCAAACACUGGGUGGUGAUCGUGGCGGGCUCCAAUGGCUGGUACAACUACAGACAUCAGUCUGAUGCCUGCCAUGCCUACCAGAUUGUCCACAAGAAUGGUAUCCCAGAUGAAAACAUUAUUGUUAUGAUGUACGAUGACUUGGCACAAAAUGAAAAUAACCCCACCCCAGGAGAAAUCAUCAACAGACCAAAUGGCACUGAUGUUUACAAGGGAGUGCCCAAAGACUACAUCGGAGAGGACGUGACUCCAAAGAACUUCUUAGCCGUGUUAAAAGGCGACUCCGCAAAUGCAAAAGGAGGAUCUGGAAAAGUGCUGAAGAGUGGCCCUAAAGAUAAUGUGUUCAUUUACUUUACCGAUCAUGGCGCUCCUGGCAUCUUGGCCUUCCCAAACGACGAUCUUGCAGUGGACGACCUCCAAGAAGCUAUCAAGUACAUGCAUGACAACAAGAUGUACAAAAAGAUGGUCUUUUACAUUGAGGCCUGUGAGUCUGGAUCAAUGAUGACAAAUCUUCCUGAGGAUAUCAACGUCUAUGCCACAACUGCAGCCAAUGACCACGAGUCAUCUUAUGCCUGUUACUAUGACGAGAAAAGGGACACAUAUUUGGGAGACUGGUACAGCGUCAACUGGAUGGAGGACUCUGAUGCAGAAGACUUGAGCAAAGAGACAUUGCAGAAACAGUUCAAAAUUGUCAAAAGCCACACAAACACCAGCCAUGUCCAACAGUUUGGCAACAAGACCAUUUCCCACAUGAAGGUGGUCGCGUUCCAGGGUGCUCCUAAAGCCAUGUCACAGCCUUCCCCUCGCCCUCUCCCUCCCAUCUCUCACCCAGACCUCACCCCCAGCCCUGAUGUCCCACUGGCCAUCCUCAAGAGGAAGAUGAUGGCGUCCAAUGACAUCAAGGAGGCACGGGGGCUGCUCAUGGAGAUAGAUGUGCACCUCAAGAUCAGGCAGAUUUUGGCAGAGAACAUGUUCCAGAUUGUGCACGCUGUGACUGGAGACAAGCUCGGAGCUGAAAAGAUUGUCAACAGCAGGACUCCGCUGACUCAGCAUCAUUGUUAUAAGACUGCACUGUACCACUACAGGGACCACUGCUUCAACUGGCACAAGUCUGAGUACGAAUACGCCCUGCGACACCUGUAUGCACUGGUGAACCUGUGUGAGGGCGGAUACUCUGCUCUGAGCAUUUUGGAGGCUAUGGACUCUGUGUGCCUCCCCCGCUUCUGA